AGUAAUCUGAAUAAUUGGAGUGUUCAAAGUGAAGGAGAAAAAUGUUUAUUUCACAGCUAAAAUUAUUCUACUGAAUAUUAAAUUCAUGUAUUUGUACAUGUUUGUAGAAAAUCAUACUUAUUUAAUUCAUAUGUCUUAAGGAGAAGUGUUCAUAUUACAGAAUGUUAACACGAGGAAAAUUUUUAAAUGUAGUGAUUAUAUAAAGACAUUGAUAAAGACAUUUAUUAAACAACUCGACAAUGGAUCGGAACUUUUAAAAGCAUAGUCAAUGGGAAUAGAAAAACAUAACUUAGAUCUGAACCAACAGUCGAAUUACGAGAUAAAAAAGAUAAGGAUUGUGAACAUGGCUACAGCUGCACCAACCGACAACCGAGUUUAUCUUUAUCGCUUACUAACACUUAACAUAGAUUACGGCACUGCAAUCGUUAGGAACUUAAUUGACAAUAAAUGCUCAAAUACUCCACUAACAGCCAUUCUUGCUCAAGAGAGAAGAGCUAUAACCAACUUAAGAGCAAAUAGAAUUGUAACGAAGGUCCAGUUUGAUUUGUUGUAUCCACAAAGUGGCAUCCCUCCUACAACGUUGGACUUCGAUCUUACUCUUGCUAUAUGCCUGCUUCGGAGCCUGAAAUAUUUUGGUUUAAACCCUAAGUUUACCUGGAAUGUUACCCCUCAACCAGGAGAUACUUCACUUGAAGCAGAUUUAUGUCGCUUGCGAAUGUACCGCAAUGAAUUGGCGCAUAUAUCCUCCACAGCAGGAAUUCAAGAGACUGACUUUAUAGCUAAAUGGGCUGAUAUCGAAGGGGUUCUGCACAGACUGAACAGCUCAGUACAAAGUCCUGUUCAGAAUUUACAACAAAUUAUUGAUGAUUGCAAAACCGGUCCUCUUGAUCCAGAAGCAGAAAAAGAAAUCGAAAACCAAAUAGAGAAGAUGCAAAAAAUGGAGGAAAAAUUAGAAGCUGAAGUGCAAAAUAUAAAGAAAGGUGUUGUUGACGUAACGAAAGAUGUCCACAUUGUAUCGAAAGAUGUUCACAAACUGAAUGAAGAUGUUAAAUCAACUAACAAAAGAAUGGAUGAGCUGGAAAAACAAAAGGAAUCAGAAG